UUGCCCUUCUAGUGAUUGAGAAAAGAUGGAAUUGAGAUAUUGAAGGAGUGAAAGCUCAGAAUUUAGUACCUGUGAGUUCUGCUACUGGCAAUGGCAUUGGCUGCCCCCUCUCUGCUUGCCCUCUUCCUUGCCGUCGCUGGGCUCGCCGCCCCCGCUGCCGCCACCUCUGCUUCACAGGUGGGUCUUAACUAUGGCCGCGUCGCCGACAAUAUCCCUCCUCCCGAGGCCGUCCCCGCCAUUGUCGCUUCCAUAGGCGUCGGCCGCGUCCGCAUCUACGACGCGGAUUCCCGCGUCCUCCACGCCUUCGCUAACACCGGGAUCGAGGUCGUCGUCGGCCUCCCCGACCAAUGCCUCGCCUCGAUGGCGGCCGAUCCAAACGAGGCCCUUGCGUGGGUGCGGCCAAACAUCCAAGCCUACCUCCCGGCCACCAAGAUCGCCGCCGUGAUUGUUGGCAACGAAGUUCUCACCAACGCCAAUGACACCGGCUACGCAUUGGCCCGCUGCCUCGUCCCUGCCAUGGAGAACAUCCACUCGGCCCUUGCGUCCCUUGGCCUCGAUGGCACCGUCGCCGUCACCACCUCCCACUCCCUCGCAGUCCUCGCCGUUCCCUCUUAUCCGCCUUCCGCCACCGUGUUUCGGCGCGAACUCCUCCCCUUCAUCUGCCCGCUCAUCGAGUUCCACGCUCGCACCGGCUCCCCGUUCUUCGUCAACGCCUACCCGUACUUCGCCUACGAGCAGGAGAGCUCCCAAGUGGCGCUAGGGUACGCCCGCCUCGAUCCAGGCGCCGCCAGCGUCACCGACCCCGGAUCUGGCCUUUGCUACACCAACCUACUUUACGCCCAAAUCGACGCCGUGUACCACGCGAUCGCAGCGGCCGGGGCCGACGGUGCGAAGCGAGUGAUGGUGUGGAUUUCAGAAACAGGCUGGCCGUCCGCGGGCGAUCCCAAUGAGAUUGGGGCAACGCCGGAGAACGCAGGCAAGUACAACUCUAACCUGAUGAAGCUGGUGGCGGCGAACAAGGGAACGCCGCUGAUGCCUGGGACGCCGCUCCGGGCCUACAUCUUCGCGCUCUUCAACGAGGACCAGAAGCCAGGGCCGACCUCGGAGCGGAACUACGGUCUGUUCAAAGCCGACGGCACCCCCGCCUACCAUCUCGACAUCACGGUGCCGCCGCAGAACGACACCUCCUCCGGCGGAGGUCCCGGCGAUGGCUCGACAUCGGCGCCCGACGGCGGAUCUUCUGGAUACUUCAGCAUCUCCUCCGCAGCGGAGAUGCGAUCGCAUUGGCAACGAAACUUGAAGGUUUUCACAUUGGCAAUCCUCGCAGUCGUCGUCUUCAAUUAGCGAUCAAAGAGUAUCAAUUCUUCCAGAUGAUUUUCUAAUAUUUGAUCGUUAUUGCCUCGGUAAGUUUUUAAGGAGGCCAAUAAUACUCUCUACUGUGGAGCUUCUUUUUUCCCCUUUUUUUUUCUUCUUUCAGUUUAGGAGCAUUUUUCUCAAAUGCCGGGAGCUGAAAUGGCUGAAGCUGAAAGUUGUCAUUGCUUAAUCCCGUUUCAAUCUUAGAGACAAUCUCCAAUCACA